AUGACAGACACCAGCAUGACACAAGAGAUACCAGUUGCUCAAAAUAACUCCAGCAAAACACUUUCAACUCAAACUGCACAACACAAACUCCAGCAGAAUACAGUCAAUAGCAGCAUAAUCAGGGGCCACCAUCAACAAACAAGACAACAAACACAGCAGGGGCCACCAUCAACAAACAAGAACAACAACACAGCAGGGCCACCAUCAACAAACAAGACAACAAACACAGCAGGGGCCACCAUCAACAAACAAGACAACAAAAACACAGCAGGGGCCACCAUCAAAAACAAGACAACAAACACAGCAGCCACCAUCAACACAAGACAACAAACACAGCAGGGGCCCACCAUACAAACAAGACAACAAACACAGCAGGGCACCAUCAACAAACAAGACAACAAACAAGCAAGGGGCCACCAUCAACAAACAAGACAACAAAAACACAGCAGGGCCACCAUCAACACAAACAAGACAACAAACACAGCAGGGGCCACCAUCAACAAACAAGACAGCAAACACAGCAGGGGCCACCAUCAACAAACAAGACAGCAAACACAGCAGGAGCCACCAUAA